GGGUGCUGCUGCAUUAGCAUUUUUAUAUCGACAGUUGGGGUUUGCUAGCCGGUCUGGGGUUAAGCAGAUGGGUGGUUAUAUGACUCUUUUGGAGGCGUGGAUUUAUGAGCACUUCCGAGCAUUCCGACCUCAUCAGAACAUGGGCUACACUGAAGACAUGCCACAUGUGUACCAUUGGGCAUCUAGGAGAGAGGCGGGUUCCUCCAUUGACCAUUUGAAAUCUUUUCGAGCCGAGCUUGACAGUUUAGUAGCUACUGAUGUUAUUUGGGAUCCAUACCACAGCUGCAGAGACCGGCAUCCAUGUAACCCGGUUACGUUCUACCAUGGAUGCUUAAAGUGCUUAGACGUUGUCGAACCGUAUCAUCCAGAUAGAGUUUUGAGGCAGUUUGGCAGGGUUCAAACCAUCCCAGAUGCACCGCUAGCUCCCAGUCGUGGUGCACGAGACAACAUAUCUGCACGUCGUAUUGCACAUACACUGCAGAUUUCACAUCCUAUUAUUGACGCUGGUUAUCAGGAGGGGAUUCGCCAUCCUUAUCAACUUUACCAGGCUAUCGAGAGUAUGACACAUGUUCUUGAAGGUCAGCACAUUGACGAAGCUGGACCUAGUUCUGCUGGAGGUCGCUUUCCAUCCUUGACAUUGACAUACAGUCGAAGGCCUAGACGUAGGCAUACAGCUGAUUCGUGA